AUGGCGACUGAAGAGUGUUCAUCUGGCACCUGGAUGGCCUUUGCCAUGCGGGGUGAAUGCUUAUCGUCGUUGGCAAAGAGCGUCUUGGAUUCCAAUGAUGGUUCCCUCAUGAACAAUGACACUCAGAAGGUUUAUUUAAAAACCACAUUGCAAUUAGCCCCAAAUUAUCCACCAACUCCUGGACCUAACCUAUCUCCAUGUGCUACAGCUAGUUUCAGAAAGAUUGUCACCUUGAGCUGGAUUUUCCAAGCAGAAAUCAAGCACUUUUUCUUGAAGGAAAAUCCACACCAAGGUCGACAACCUUUCUGA